AUGGCUUCCGCGCGCGGUCCAAGAUGGCAGCAGUUUUUGCAAGAGCUGGUGAUGGUCGCUGGUACUUCGGCCUCCGCAUACUUUCUCAUUCGUUACCUUUUAUCGCGCCUUGAUUUCGACCCAGAGAGCCAGAAGAAAGAAGAGCAACGGCGCAAAUCUGCCGCCAUUCUGCGGAAGCUCGACGGUGGAGAGGAAUCAGAUGGCGACUCACCACGCAGAGGUGCUAAAAAGGCGCGCCGACAAAGGAGGGGAGAUUUGGUCCUCAACCAGUACGAGCAAGCCAUCGCUAUGGAUGUUGUAGCUCCCGAUGACAUUCAUGUUUCAUUCGAGGAUAUUGGAGGCCUGGACGACAUUAUCGAAGAGCUUAAGGAAUCCGUCAUCUAUCCUCUGACCAUGCCUCAUCUCUACUCUUCCACGUCAUCCCUUCUCAAUGCGCCGUCGGGAGUAUUACUUUAUGGCCCGCCAGGGUGUGGAAAGACUAUGCUCGCUAAAGCGCUGGCUCACGAGAGCGGCGCGUGCUUCAUCAAUUUACAUAUUUCCACCUUGACUGAGAAAUGGUAUGGUGAUUCGAACAAGCUGGUCAAUGCCGUUUUCUCGUUAGCGCGCAAGCUGCAGCCCUCGAUCGUCUUCAUUGAUGAGAUAGACGCAGUGCUCGGCACACGGCGGAGUGGUGAGCACGAGGCGAGUGGCAUGGUCAAAGCUGAAUUCAUGACGCACUGGGAUGGUCUGACGUCCGCAAAUUCUCUGGGUGAACCGCAGCGGGUUGUUGUUCUCGGAGCCACAAAUCGCAUCCAGGAUAUCGAUGAAGCGAUCCUUAGGCGGAUGCCUAAGAAGUUCCCCGUUACCCUUCCUCCGGCCGCACAGCGACUUCGAAUUCUCAGUUUGAUACUCAAAGACACCAAGGUCGACCGAGAAAACUUUGAUGUUCAUUACUUGGUCAAGGCAAUGGCGGGGAUGUCCGGCAGUGAUAUCAAGGAAGCUUGCCGGGAUGCCGCCAUGGUCCCUGUCCGAGAACUGAUCCGACAAAAGAAAGCAGAAGGUCUUCAGAUGACAUCUGUAAAUCCGACUGAAGUUCGCGGCCUUCGUACAGAGGACUUCUUCUCUCGAGCCGGAGGCGUCAGGGUCAUCUCCCAACCCUCUCAGCCCCAGACACAACCUACCAGCAAAGCCAGUUCGGAGAAAGAGUGGAGCACAGCUGAAUCAGAUGCAGCAUCUGAAGUCGAGGCACGACCCGCAGAGAUGGCUGAGCCGCCUGAAUAAACCAACUCUUUCAGCGAUUUGGAUGACUUGCUCGUCUAAUGUCCUUGAUACCAAUGUAUACAGCACCCCGGUUAUGGCGUUGAUUUUUGGUAUAAUACAGUUUCUUGCAGUCAUAUAUUUCGCUGGUAUCUUCCGGGACCUUUCCGUUGAUGAUUGCUCGCUUUGGCUACCUAAUACUUGCGAAACAAGCUCUUUGCCAUAAAAAAUGGCAUUUUUUAUAGACUUUUGAUAGCUGUUGUACGAUGACCAAAAGACUCUCCCUCUCUCAAACUGAAGGAUCCUAGAGAUGUAUAGAGACUGAAAAUUCACUACAUUGUAAUGCGG